UAUCCCAGCAACGGUUGUUGAUGUCGUCCGCCAUUACUGUUGGUAGCAGACAGCAGUCGAUAAAGAAGAGGAACUAAUUUGUCUUAAGUUUAGUCACUUUAAAAUCACAAAAUGUCUGAUAUCGGAUCAGAAGAGAUGGAGGAGGAGCAGGGGCCAUACUUAGGCGAAUACGAAGGUGGACGAAAUGACAACGAAGAAAGACAUGGCCAGGGAAAAGCAACAUUGCCAAAUGGUGACACGUACGAAGGAAUGUAUGAUUGUGGUAAACGACACGGACAGGGAGUGUAUAGGUUUAAGAAUGGUGCCAGAUACAUUGGAGAAUACAUAAAGAACAAAAAGCAUGGACAGGGAACAUUUAUAUACCCAGAUGGUUCUAAAUAUGAAGGUGGCUGGGUAGAUGACCAGCGGUGUGGGUUUGGUAAAUAUUAUUAUGUUAACGGAGAUGUUUAUGAGGGUGACUGGCAAAAUCAUGUACGACACGGACAGGGGACCUACACAUACGCCGCAACAGGCACAAAAUAUGUCGGACGGUGGCAGAAUGGCAAACGGGAGGGCCACGGCGAACUGGUGCACACCAAUCAUAAAUAUGUGGGAGUAUUCCGUGAUGAUAAGCCAAUGGGAAAGGGAAAAUAUGUGUUUGAUAUUGGAUGUGAACAGCAUGGUGAAUACAUCCCUAUAGAACAGGACAAGGAAGAUAAGGGGGCAGAGGAUGAGGAGGCGUCAGCAAACAUCAUCCCCAAGUGGAAGGCAGGUAAAGUGACAGCCAUCCAUCUACAAACAGAAGAAGAGGACGAGGAAGCCGCAAAGGAGGAGGAGUCAAGUCAAGAACAACCACCAGAGGCUCCUGAAGGGGAAGCUCAACCACCGGCCCCCGAGGGUGAACAACAGGCAGAAGAGACAAAGCCAGAGGAGGGAGCUGAGGCCCCACAGGAGGGAGAGACGGAAGGUGAGGCUAAGCCUGAGGGUGAUGAACAAAAAGAUGAAACACCUGCAGAGACAACAGAGGCACCUGAGGCGCCCGCAGAAGGUGAGACAGCAGAACCAGUUGCGGAAGAAGCACCACAAGAGGAAGCACCGACGGAGCAGGCUGAACAGGAAGCGCCUGCCGAGUAACGGAGCGUAGCUUUACAUGGGUGGGUGGGACGGGGUGGACUCAUAUAACCAAGUGAUGUGACAAUGUGUAAGAUAUCAAGCAAAAAACUGGACUAAGUAACUGUUUGUGGAAAGUAGGAAAAACAUUGACCACAGUCCUAGGUUUCAUAGAUCUCUGUGAAAUAGAUAUCCUGACAGUUGACAGAACAAGAUUGAGAUACCUUGGUUUGAUAGAAUUGAAGAAACAUCAAACUAUAUCAGCUGAUGAUGAUGAAUUCCACACUGGUCUUGAUAGUACUAUUGAAAAAGAGAAGAUGUGUAUUUGUAAUGUUUGACAAAACAUGACAUCACUGUGAAUAACUAGAGGAAUUAAUAAUGACCAGGAUAGUGGAAGCGUUCAUUCAUAAAAUGUGGUCAUUUAAAUACUCUAGUUCGCUCAAAGACAAAAAAUUAUGGAAUAAACUGCUUCUGUAUUUAAGAGCACACAAUGAAGGUCUUCAAAAGAAAAAUUGUUUUGAAUUCACAUUUUCAUAAAACCAUGUUAUUUGUAGAUCUACAAUACUUAUAGGGAAAUCCGUCUUUAUAAUUAGACUGCCAUUUCUAUCAGUUAAUAUGGAAAAAGGAAUUUGUCUCCCCAUCUUCAGCUCUGCAUACAAUCGUGUUGAGAAGUGCACAAGUUUUCUUCUUUUGCAAGAAAUGAUUGGUCCCCCCUCACAAAAUAAGAGUAAGCUCCCUUGCACAAUAUUUGUUCACUUCCUUGCAAGAUAGGACUUAUCUCAUUUCCAUGAUUUGAGUUAUUAUCUCCUGAAAGUUUGUAAUGACAUUGCAAAACCUUGUGAGUUAUCUCCCUUGCAAGAAUGGAGUUUUCAUUUCGUGCAUGAUAUGAUACUUUCAACUAUACUUACUAAUAUUGAAAAAGUGUGCCUUUUUCAUUAUUGUACUUGUUUGGUAAGGGGAAAAUAUUUGGAAACAUGGGCUUUUUUGGGAAUGUGUUUUGGACUAAACAAAUACUGUGAUAUAUAAAUAUUUGGAAGCCAAGUCUGUGUGGUCGUUCUGAACAAGAUAAUGAUUUUUUAUUUAUAACUCUUCACAUCUGUAAAUACAUUAAAUUAUCGCUAUCUUAUAACAUGUAAAUUUGUACAUCCAUUAAAUAUUUUGUUUACCAACA